UUCGAUACGGUGCCAAUUUUCCUCCGUUUUUCAUAAAAUCAAAACAGAAAUAAAUAUUACCGACUUGUUAAGUGUUUUGGAUGCGUUUAUGAACUAAAAGCAACGAUUGCAAGUAGUGUAAAGCAUCAUGCACGAUGUUGGAGGGCUUGGUGGCUUGGGUUUUGAACAACUACCUCGGGAAGUAUGUAGAGAACUUGAACACAGAUCAGCUGAGUGUCGCUCUGCUGUCUGGCAAGGUAGAGUUAGAGAAUUUACCUCUAAAGAAAGAUGCGCUGCGCCACCUGGGCCUGCCGGUGGAGGUGCGCUCGGGCUUCAUCGGCAAGGUGCAGCUGCAGGUGCCGGUGCGCCAGAUCCGCUCCGCACCCUGGAUCAUAGUCAUUGAGAGGCUGUAUGUGGUGGCAGCACCAGUUAAUUUAGAUGAGUGGGACAGCGAGGCGGAGGCGCAGACGGCGCACGAGCGCAAGCUGGCGCUGCUGGACGCGCUGGAGGCGCAGUGGCGCGCCGAGCACGAGGCGCGCGACGCCGGCUACUACGCCGCCUCCUACUCCUCCUGGCUCUCCUACGGCACCGGCCUGCUGCACAACAUCGUCGAGAACCUGCAGUUGAAGCUGUACGACGUGCACAUCCGCUACGAGGACGCGCUCACGUGCGCGCCGCGCGCGUUCGCGUGCGGGCUGACGCUGGAGGCGCUGACGGCGGAGUCGUGCGACGCGGGCUGGGCGCGCGGCUUCGCGCCGGCGGCGGCCGACGGCUGCUCCUACAAGCUGCUGGAGCUGGCGGCGCUGGCCGUGUACUGGGACCCCGUGGCCGUGCCCGCCGGCAUGCUGGCGCAGUGCCCGCUGUCCGAACUCACGGAGCGCAUGUCGGGCGCGGGGCAGGGCGCGCACCGCUACGUGCUGCGGCCGGCGUCGGCGCGCGCGCGCGUGCGGCGGGAGCGCACGGAACAACCGCUGCGCUCGCGCGCGCGGCCCCGCCUCGCCUGCCACCUCACGCUCGACAGCGUCACGCUCGACCUCACCGCGGUGCAGUACCAGGGCGCGGUGGGCUGCGCGCUGGGGCUGGAGCGCAUCGCGCGCGUGCGCGAGUUCCGCGCGCUGCGCCCGCACGCGCCCGUCGCCACGCACGCGCGCCUCUGGUGGCUCUACGCGCUCUCCUGCCACAUCCCCGACCACCCCUGGACGGAUCCGAAACCAACGUGGGAGUCUUGCCUGGAGCAGGCCCGCAAGACGAAGCAAUACGUGGACAUCUGCCUGUUCAUCCUCAGCAACCCGGCCGCCGCGCUGCCGCCCGACAAGAAGCAGCUCAAGGACGACUUCGAGUGGGCCACGCCGCUGCACAUCCUCAAGCCCUUGAGGGAGGUUGCCAUGCGAAAAGUGCCAAAAUCGACGCCGGCAUCGACGCCGGACAAGCCGGGCGCGUCGGGGCGCAGCAUGCUGGUGCACUGGUUCCCGCAGUGGUGGGGCUGGUACGGCGCGCCCGCCGACCCCGCGCCCGCGCCCGCGCCCGCGCCCGCCCCCGCCGCGCCCGUGCCCGAGCUCGAGGAGGAGAUCCUCGACGUGCUGGCCGACUCCAUCGAGAACAACACGCUGCUCAAGCGGGACACGGUCUUCGCGCAGUUUGAGUUCGAGCUCAACAAGGGCAGCCUCAACUUGAGGGAAACUGACGAGGAAGAUAGCCUCGGGCUGGAGCUGCAGUGCAGCCUGGUGCGCGUGUGCGUGGAGUCGCGGCCGCGCGGCGGCGCGCUGGCGCUGCAGCUGCGGCUGGGCGCGCUGUGCCUGCGCGAGCGCGUCACGCCCGGCACGCUGUUCCCCGUGCUCGUCGCGCCGCAGCUGCGGCUGGGCGCGCUGUGCCUGCGCGAGCGCGUCACGCCCGGCACGCUGUUCCCCGUGCUCGUCGCGCCGCAGCUGCGGCUGGGCGCGCUGUGCCUGCGCGAGCGCGUCACGCCCGGCACGCUGUUCCCCGUGCUCGUCGCGCCGCAGCUGCGGCUGGGCGCGCUGUGCCUGCGCGAGCGCGUCACGCCCGGCACGCUGUUCCCCGUGCUCGUCGCGCCGCAGCUGCGGCUGGGCGCGCUGUGCCUGCGCGAGCGCGUCACGCCCGGCACGCUGUUCCCCGUGCUCGUCGCGCCGCAGCUGCGGCUGGGCGCGCUGUGCCUGCGCGAGCGCGUCACGCCCGGCACGCUGUUCCCCGUGCUCGUCGCGCCGCAGCUGCGGCUGGGCGCGCUGUGCCUGCGCGAGCGCGUCACGCCCGGCACGCUGUUCCCCGUGCUCGUCGCGCCGCAGCUGCGGCUGGGCGCGCUGUGCCUGCGCGAGCGCGUCACGCCCGGCACGCUGUUCCCCGUGCUCGUCGCGCCGCAGGUGAGCUUGUGCUGCAGCCGCGCGCUGGCGCUGCAGCUGCGGCUGGGCGCGCUGUGCCUGCGCGAGCGCGUCACGCCCGGCACGCUGUUCCCCGUGCUCGUCGCGCCGCAGGGCAUGAUCCGCGAGGGACUGAGCGCAAUGAGCGCGGGCGGGGCUGCCAGCUGGCGCGCGCAGCCGGCCGCGCAGCCCGCGCAGGAGCCGCUGUUCCAGCUCAGCUACGAGAAGAAACCUUUCGGCGUCAACGCCGACUACAAGCUGUGGGUGAAGUCGGCGUCGCUGGAGGUGGUGUACUGCGCGGCGGCGGCGCGGUGGGCGCGCGGCUUCGUGCGCGCGGCGUGGGCGGGCGCGCGCUCGCCCUACGCGCACGUGCGCCAGCACACGCGCGCCACGCUCUCGCGACACUGGGCGCACAUGAUGCGCGCAUACCCGGGCGAGCGGCGGUCGUGGCACGUGGAGCUGGACAUCUCGGCGCCGCAGAUCCUGUUCGUGGAGGCGCUGUGCUCGCGCGAGGCGCGCGUGCUGGUGGUGGACUUCGGCCGCCUGCGCCUCGCCAACCACGCCGACUCCUUCGCCGCGCCCGCGCCCCAGCCUGACACGCUCGACGGCGACGUGACUCCGACGGAGAUGUUCAUGACGCCGUGCUCGACGCCGCCGGGCAGCCUGCUGUCGCCGGGCUCGCCGCCCGAGGCGCAGCCCUACCACGCGCCGCUUGACGCCGCGCACCUGCAUACGAGGUUGUACGACAGGUAUAACAUCGAGCUGAGCGACCUGCAGAUCCUGGUGGGGCGCGCGCGCGACAACUGGAAGUAUGCGCACACCAAGCCCACUUCCACGCUGCAUCUGCUGGAUCGGUUCAGCAUCUCGCUUCAGGCGGAACGGCGAGUGGUAGCUACGAACGAUCCGCAGUACCCGACGGCGACGCUGUGCGGCUCGCUGCCCGCGCUGCAGGUGCACCUCAGCGAGCACAAGCUGGCCGCCGUGCGCGCCGUGCUCAACGCGCCCGUCGCGCCGUAUCGUGAGAGCAGCGAAAAACCUCGCACUGAAACGACGGAGGAAGAGGAUUGUAGUGAGGCGUCAGAAGCGGAGCUAUCGUCGGCGUCCGCGCAGCAGAGCUCCUCUCUCUUCAUGCUGCAGUUCGCCAUCGAGCAAAUGUCGCUGGAGGUGCAGUCGCGCGGGCGCAGCAUCGCGGAGGUGCAGGUGUGCGGCGUGCGCGCGGCGCUGGCGGCGCGGCCGGCCGACGUGUCGCUGGCGCUGUCCGUGCACUCGCUGCUGCUCGUCGACGCGCUGCAGACCUACGGGCCCGACUUCGAGCUGCUGCUCGCCAGCCACAAGCACCUGGGCAUGGAUGGUGCAUCGGGCAGCAUUCUGGGCUCAGAACCGACGUCACCCACAUCACCUACAUCGCCCGCGUCUCCUGACCCACGCCUGAUGCCGCCGCGCCCGCACCCGCCGCCGCACGCGCUGCGCAACGCGCUCGACUCGCUGCACCGCGCCACCAGCUCCAGCGGUAUGGCUGGCACCACGGCAUACCCGUAUCCCGACGUUGAGCGCACUAGCCCGCUGCCAAACUGGUCGUCCGGCAGCACGUGGAGCAUCGGCUCCCCGCCGGGCUCGGCCGCGGGCCCGACCGCUGCCCCCAGCUCCGCGGCGCCCGCGUGCGGCGCGGCACCCACCGGCUGGGGCGCCACGGGCCCCGGGUGGGGCUCCAGCGGGCCCGGCUGGGCCGCCCCGGGAAUCGUCGACUCCGAAGCACUGAUCGCAGUCGAGCUGUGCUUUGUGAAGGGCGAGGGCGACUCCGAAGAUCUCCACAUUGCCAAUAUACUUUUUAACAAUUUAGAUAUUAUUGCAAACCAAGAAACGAUAGUAGAACUGAUAGGGUUCGCGCAGCGCGUGAUGGGCCCGGCGGGCGCGAAGAAGACGUCGGACGCCGGCCUGGCGCCGCCGCCCGCCGACACCGACGCCGCCGACGGCCUGCCCUCGCCCAGCGACGACCAGGAACCGGAGGAGGAGGUCAAGAAGUCGGUCCGAACGGAGAUCACGUUCGACUUCCACCGGCUGGGCGUGCUGCUGCUGCGGGCCGCCGUGCUGGACGGCGCGCUGGUGGCGCGCAAGAUCGCCACCGCCACCGUCGCCGAGGCCAAGAUACAGGCCACGCUGGACGCGGCGAGCAUCGAGGUGGGCGGGUCGCUGGGCGGCGUGCAGGUGGUGUCGCUGUGCGAGGCGGGGCUGCACGCGCGGGUCGUGUCGGCGGGCCGCCUGCCGCCGCCGGGCCGCGCGCCCGCGCCGCCGCUGGACGACGAGAAGGCGCUGUUCUUCACCAUCGCGCGCAAGCUGCAGCCCGCCGCCGGCGACGACGCACCCGGUAAAUAA